GUGCGGGGCGGGCCCGGCCCGGCCUAUAUAUUGGGUUGGCGCCGGCGCCAGCUGAGAGCCGAGCGGUAGCGGGUCUGGCGAGGUUCCACACACCUGGAAGAAGAGAAUGUCAAGACGAAGUAGCCGUUUACAAGCUAAGCAGCAGCCCCAGCCCGGCCCGACGGAUUCCCCGCAAGAAAGCCAGAUAAUCCAGGCCAAGAGGAGGAAAACAGCCCAGGAUGUCAAAAAAGGAAAAGAGGAGGUCACCAAGAAACAUCAGUAUGAAAUUAGGAAUUGUUGGCCACCUGUAUUAUCCGGGGGGGUCAGUCCUUGCAUUAUCAUUGAAACACCCCACAAAGAAUUAGGAACAAGCGACUUCUCCAGAUUUACAAAUUAUAGAUUUAAAAAUCUUUUUAUUAAUCCAUCACCUUUGCCUGAUUUAAGCUGGGGAUGUUCAAAGGAGGUUUGGCUAAACAUGUUAAAAAAGGAAAGCAGAUAUGUUCAUGACAAGCAUUUUGAAGUUCUGCAUUCUGACUUGGAACCACAGAUGAGGUCAAUACUUCUAGACUGGCUUUUAGAGGUAUGUGAAGUAUACACACUUCACAGGGAAACAUUUUAUCUUGCACAAGACUUUUUUGACAGAUUUAUGUUGACACAAAAGGAUAUAAAUAAAAAUAUGCUUCAACUUAUUGGAAUUACCUCAUUAUUCAUUGCUUCCAAACUUGAGGAAAUCUACGCUCCUAAACUCCAAGAGUUUGCUUAUGUCACUGAUGGUGCUUGCAGUGAAGAGGACAUCUUAAGGAUGGAACUCAUUAUUUUAAAGGCUUUAAAAUGGGAACUUUGUCCUGUAACGAUCAUCUCCUGGCUGAAUCUCUUUCUCCAAGUUGAUGCGCUUAAAGAUGCUCCUAAAGUUCUUCUACCUCAGUAUUCUCAGGAAACAUUCAUUCAAAUAGCUCAGCUUUUAGAUCUGUGCAUUCUAGCCAUUGAUUCAUUAGAGUUCCAGUACAGAAUACUGGCUGCUGCUGCCUUGUGCCAUUUUACCUCCAUUGAAGUGGUUAAGAAGGCCUCAGGUUUAGAAUGGGACAACAUUUCAGAAUGUGUAGACUGGAUGGUGCCAUUUGUCAAUGUAGUAAAAAGUGCCAGUCCAGUGAAGCUGAAGACUUUUAAGAAGAUUCCUAUGGAAGACAGACAUAAUAUCCAGACACAUACAAAUUAUUUGGCUAUGCUGGAUGAAGUAAAUUAUAUAAGUACUUUCAGAAAAGGAGGACAGUUGUCACCAGUGUGCAAUGGAGGCAUUAUGACACCACCGAAGAGCACGGAAAAACCAUCAGGAAAACACUAAAGAAGUUAACUAGGCAACAAGUUGGAAUUCAUCAAGUACCAAGUGGAGUUUGAGUUAACUGAACUACUAGUUUUACAGGAAAAUGGUGCUGUGAUUAUCCUAGCCAACUCAAGUUACACUGCCAUUCUUUGACUUAAAAACUUAAAAUUGGCACUAAGGAAUAAAUUUAAUUAAUUCCUAUGUUAGCUGUUAAAGAAACAGCAGGACUUGUUUACAAAGAUGACUUCAUUCCCAGGAUAGAAGCCAGCCAUGAUUUAUGCCAUAAAAACUCUUUUUUUUUUAAAUCCAGCGAGACUAUGUUUAUCUUGAUAAACUAGGAAUUUUAUCAUUGAAGUUUCGGACUAGAUAAGUGCUUUAAGGUUAAAGGGUACAUUAAGUGAUAUAGUACUUUGAAUCUAGCUUUUAGAUUCUCAAAAUUCCUACACUCUUGACUAGUGCAAUUUGGUUCUUGAAAAUAAAAUUUAAACUUGUUUACAAAGGUUUAGUUUUGUAAUAAGGUGACUAAUUUAUCUAUAGCUGCUAUAGCAAGCUAUUAUAAAACUUGAAUUUCUACAAAUGGUGAAAUUUAAUUUGUUUUUUAAUUAGCUUAUUUGCCUUGCCAUAACACUUUUUAAUCAGUAAGACUUAGAGGAACCUGGUAUUUAACCCGUGCUCUAAACAGUGGGAGUACCAAAGAAAUUACAAACAAGAUAAAUGCUGUGGCUCCUUCUAUGUGGGGGCUUUGUUUGACAUAUAGGUUGCUUUAUAGUAACUUUUUUGUACAUCACAAUUUGGGUGAAAAACUUAAGUACCCUUUCAAACUAUUUAUAUGAAAAAGUCACUUUAUUACUCGAAGAUAUCCCUAAGGAUUUUUAAAAUUUAGUGUGACUAAGGCUUUAUUUAUGAUUGCAAAACUGUUAAGGUCCUUCUUAAAUUCCUACAUUAUAAGGGCAGUGUCAAAGUGAUAAAGCUUAACACUUGACCUAAACCUCUAUUUUCUUAAGGCAGAAGAAUAUUAAAUGUAUACUGAUUCCUAGAAAUCUAUUUAUUAAAAAAGAAAAAACUUGACACAAAAACUUGCUGUAUACAGGCUAGCUACUGCUCCAUAAAUAUUUUAAAUUAGUCUUUCUUAAGAAAAAAAGUCAGCCUCAAAAAGUAGACUUAAUUAAAAAACAAAUACUAGAUUGUUAGUUCAUCUUGUUACCAGACAUGUGAAUCUCUUCCUUCCUUCGAAGAAACUAUAAAUUUAAGCUAUUCUUAUGGUAUGAAGUUUUCUGUACAGUUUUUGUUUUUAAACUAAUAUUUCACCAUUUUAUCUGAAAAGAAAACACCACUAAGUAUGUAUAUAUGUAUUAUAUAAACUUAAUUUUUUAAUACUGUUUAUUUUUAGCCCAUUGUUUAAAAAAUAAAAGUUAAAAGAUUUUAACUAACUGCUUAAAAGUAAA